UUUCUCUCUGUAAAAUUUUUCCCCCUUUUUAUAAUUCUCUUCUCCCUCUCCCCACAUUCUCCUGUCUUCUUCCUCAACGCAGGAGAGAGAGAGAGUAGAGAGUAGAGAGAGAAAGAAGAGAGAGAAAGUAAUCGACGCAAACUCUCCUUCUUCUUCACUGUUACUCAAUCACUACUUCAAUAAGAGAGAGAGAGGAAAAGGGUUGAAGAAGAAGAGGAAAAAAGCCCUAGAUCCUGUUAAGUUGAUUUUCAUCUGGGGUUUGAAAAACUCAUGCUUUUGAUUUUGUUUUCUCUCUCUCAAAAAUUAAUUAAAAACCCUUUAUUUUUCAACUAAUUGGGUGUUCAAUUUGAUGCCGAAUGUGGGUUUUUAGCUGCUAAAAGCUUGGGAAUUUGUCGAUUUUUCUGGGGUUUUGAUACUCGAAUUGUAGAGAGAGAAACAAUGGAUGGGAGAAGAAUAUCGGCGAGCCCUAGGCCUUGCAGCGUUCGACGAGUCGUGGCGAAAAAGCGGCCGAGAGGUGGUGGUGUUGAUGGGUUUGUAAAUAGUGUUAGGAAGCUUCAGAGGAGAGAGAUUUGCUCUAAACGUGAUCGUUCUUUUAGUAUGAGUGAUGCUCAAGAACGAUUCCGUAAUAUUAGUUUGCAGGAAGAGUAUGACACGCAUGAUCCAAAAGGUCACUGUCCUACAAUAUUGCCUUUUCUCAGGAAGAGAUCUAAAAUUAUUGAAAUUGUUGCAGCGCAUGACAUUGUCUUUGCUCUUGCUCAGUCCGGUAUCUGUGCAGCUUUUAGCCGAGAAACCAACCAGAGAAUAUGUUUUCUGAAUGUCAGCCCAGAUGAAGUUAUAAGAAGCUUAUUCUACAACAAAAAUAAUGAUUCUCUUAUCACAGUUUCAGUAUACGCAUCUGACAAUUUCAGUUCCUUGAAAUGCAGAACGACUAGGAUUGAAUAUAUAAAGAGAGGAAAACCAGAUGCUGGGUUUGCUCUUUUUGAGUCUGAGUCGCUAAAGUGGCCUGGAUUUGUGGAGUUUGAUGAUGUAAAUGGAAAGGUCCUCACAUAUUCUGCUCAGGAUAGUGUUUACAAGGUUUUUGACUUGAAGAACUAUACUAUGCUGUAUUCCAUUUCUGACAAAAAUGUUCAAGAGAUUAAGAUUAGCCCAGGGAUCAUGCUACUGAUAUUUACCAAAAAUACCAGCCAUGUUCCGUUGAAAAUACUGUCCAUUGAGGAUGGUACUGUUCUGAAAUCAUUUAAUCAUCUGAUUCAUCGUAAUAAAAAGGUGGACUUCAUCGAACAAUUCAAUGAAAAGCUUCUUGUCAAGCAGGAAAAUGAGAAUCUUCAGAUUCUUGAUGUACGGAACUCUGAGUUAACUGAAGUCAGUAAAACCGACUUUAUGACCCCAUCUGCUUUUAUAUUUCUGUACGAGAACCAGUUAUUCUUGACAUUUAGGAAUAGAACCGUUGCUGUGUGGAACUUCCGUGGUGAGCUUGUCACUUCCUUUGAGGACCACCUCUUGUGGCAUCCUGACUGCAAUACAAACAACAUAUAUAUCACAAGUGACCAAGAUCUUAUUAUUUCCUACUGCAAGGCAGAUUCUGAUGAUCCCUUGUCAGAAGGAAAUGCUGGUUCUAUUAAUGUGAGUAAUAUCUUGACCGGAAAAUGCCUUGCAAAAAUAAGAGCAGAUAACUGCUCAAAUUUGGAAGAUUAUUGUAGUAGCAGUAGUAGUGGUAGCUCUUCAAAGAAACGAGUAAAAGCUUCAAGGAUAAGGAGUACUCCCGCAGAGGCUUUGGAAGACAUCACAGCUCUCUUCUAUGAUGAAGAGCGCAAUGAGAUAUAUACUGGAAACAGGCACGGCCUUGUACAUGUAUGGUCCAACUGAGGGUUGUAUCUUCUUAUCAUCUCCGCCUUCCAAAAUUGAAGGCCGUUCUUUGGGAACCCGAGUCUUGUGUCAUUUUAAUGUUUCCCUGGACUUGUAUUAUUAAUUGUCUGUAACAAUGCUUCAGCUUUUAUUUCUUUUUUUUUUUUUGGUCUUUUGAGUGCCCCUACUUGUGCUUCUGCUUUCACUAUUUACUUAUUUAGUGAUACUGCUGAAGCGUGAGGGUUCAAAGAUGUAAACCCGUCUAAUCUACUUGUAGUUAUUGGUGAGUUGUUUCUAAUGAAGUUCGAGUAAUUGGAAGUGAGUUGCCAUCUUUGAAGUACUAAUGGUAGAGGCUUGUCUUUGUUCUACACAAUUCUCUCUUUGUUCUGAGGCGAUACUAAGAUUCAGAUUAGAAGUCUCCUCAAAAAAAAAAAAAAAAAAAAAAAA